ACAACAUUUUCCUCGUACAAUAAACCACUAUAAGUUGCAUAAACUACACACAAGUUUUUCCACAUCCAUGGACACUUUUGAAGACAUACCCAUUGGCCAAUCCCCGAGUCAGAGAACGAGGGGCGGGUUUGAUUCCCAAACGGGAAUCUACCACUCGCUCGUCCAACUCGGGGAUGGUAACAAGAUUCCCACUAAAGCUAACCUCGACACCGCUACUUUUGUCAUGUCACAGUUUCCAAAACUGGACCAAGCGGUGUCGAAAGUAGCUUUUAUAGACACUGCUACGGGACACCAAGUCACGUACAGUCAACUCCAACGGUCAAUCUACUCGUUGGCUACUGGGUUGUACCAUGGACUUGGUGUCCGUAAAGGUGAUGUCGUUUUUGUCUUGUCACCGAAUUCGAUUCUUUACCCGACUAUAUGUCUAGCCGUGUUUUUAGUCGGUGGAGUGUUGACCACGGCUAACCCGCUUAACACCAAGUCGGAAAUAACCAAACAAGUGCUUGACUCAGGUGCGAAACUAGCCAUUGUGGCUCCUAGUGAGGCACAUAAGUUGGUGUCCACUAAUGUCCCAACCCUGCUUACUUACCGUCCGGAAAAUGGUGACGAACUAUCGGUACAAGAACUAAUCGACUGCUGCGAACAGAUGGAGUUGCCCGAAACCCGGUCGACUCAGUCGGACAUUGCGGCGAUACUAUACUCAUCGGGGACAACCGGAGUGAGCAAAGGAGUAUUACUAACACAUUCUAAUUUUAUUUCUUGUAUGACACUCCUAAAAUGGUCAACUUAUAAAAUGUCAGCAGACCAAGAUGUUUUUUUAUGUUUUCUACCCAUGUUUCAUAUAUAUGGUCUAGCAUUUUUCACUUUGGGGCUACUCACUUUUGGUGCAACAACAGUUUUGAUGCAAAGGUAUGACUUUAAAGGCAUGUUAGAAGCUAUACACACUCAUAAAGUCAACAACAUUCCCGCGGUUCCACCGAUUAUACUAAGCUUGGUUAAACAUAACAAAGGCGGGUAUGACUUAUCGUCUUUGCGACGUGUGGGAUCCGGAGCUGCACCCUUGAGUAAGGAACUGGUGGAUAGGUUCCGAGCCAAGUUUCCAUGGGUUCACUUAAGGCCCGGGUAUGGGCUAACCGAGAGCUGUGGGGCUGCAACGUUGUUUCUUACUCAUGAAGAAGCGAAGGCUCAUCAUGCUGGUUCGGGGAAGCUGCUACCGACGUUUUGUGCUAAGGUGGUUGAUUAUGAGACGGGUGCUGCUAUGCCGCCUUAUGGAGAAGGGGAGUUAUGGCUUAAGUCGCCUACUGUGAUGAAAGGUUAUUUGGGAAAUGAGGCUGCAACGGCUGCAACCAUUGAUUCGGAUGGAUGGUUGAAGACCGGAGAUCUUUGUUACUUUGAUGAUGAUGGGUGUUUAUAUAUUGUUGAUAGAAUAAAGGAGCUCAUAAAACAUAACGGGUAUCAGGUAGCUCCAGCGGAACUAGAAGCCAUACUAUUGGGGCAUCCCCAAAUACUUGAUGCAGCCGUCAUACCACUUGAAGAUGAAGAGGCGGGAGAGAUACCUAUGGCUUAUGUGGUGAGAGCAGAAGGAUCUCAACUCAGUGAAGAUCAAGUCAUUCAGUUUGUUGCCAGUCAGGUGGCUCCAUUCAAGAAGGUGAAGAAAGUUUCCUUCAUAAACAUAAUACCAAAGUCAGCUGCAGGAAAGAUAUUAAGAAAGGAUUUAGUGGCACAAAGCAAACAACAUGUCCGCUCAAAACUGUGAGCGACAAUAUGUAUGUCGUUGGUUUCAACUAAUUGAUCUACUGUUCUAUUAGACAUAUUAAUAAGACCAAAGAGAUGUUUUGGAAAGAUACUCUUAGGAAUUUAUUGUUCCUUUCUCGUUGUAUAAAAAUUCAAAAGCAAUAGAAGUAAAACUCAGCCUCUGUAUUUCCAUUGAAA